AUGGUAAAAGCAAAGGGGAAGCGCGUUCCACGUUUGCGGCGCAACUAUCAGUUAGCUCCUGGAGUCAUGCGAUUUUCAUCUUCAAGAAUGUAUUCGAAAAGAGGUCUUUUUAUCCGCAAACGAUAUCCUGUUGUUGUUAAAACUAUUGAAAAAAAGAAAAAAUUUGUGGUAAAGCCGAUUGGUGGGGAGAAGAAUGGAGGUGAACGUAAAGUACCCAUAAAAAAGAAACCCAGAUUUUUACCCGAACGCGAAUAUGUUAGAAAGACUCGCCACAACAGAACGAAGAAAGUACCUCUUCGAUCUUCGAUUAAGCCGGGCACUAUUCUUAUUAUAUUAGUUGGCCGCCAUAAGGGCAAACGUGUUAUUUUUCUUAAGCAGCUCCCUAAAUCAGGGUUGUUGCUUGUUACUGGUCCUCUUAAAAUCAAUUCAAUGCCACUUCGUCGAAUCGCUCAAGCCUUUGUAAUUGCAACAAAAACAAGUUUGGACAUAACGGGCUUACAAAUUCCGGAGCAUAUUAAUGAUGAUUAUUUCCGGAGAAUCAAUAGGAAGAAAGAGGCGAAGAAAGGUGAUACGAAUAUUUUCGCACAAGGAACUGAGGAAUAUAAAGUGUCAGAAAUUCGGAAGGCUGAUCAAAAACAAGUUGAUAAACAAAUAUUAGAAAUAAUCCGCAAACAUCCUGAACAUAAAUUUAUGUUUGGUUACUUAGGUUCCAAAUUUUCAUUGGCAAAGAACCAGUAUCCUCACCAAAUGAUAUUUUAA